AUGGAGGGCAUCGACGAACAGUCCACCACAGCAGAGCUGGUGGUAUCGAGAGAGGAUAGGCAGCGGACGCGGAACAGACUGGCCCAGCGAAGACAUCGUGAACGUGAGCACACACUGAGUUCUACCUGCUUGCUCCCCGAGGUCAUGCAAACGAUUUGGUGA